AUGGGCCAGCCGUCUUUCGCCGCGUCCAACGCCAUCAUUUAUGUCACCUAUGGCUUCUUCCUCAUCUUGGGCACGAGCAUUGCUUGGAAGAUGAGAAAGCAACCAAACACGGACUUUCUCUCCGGCAACAGGACACAGACCGCUUUGCCUCUGGCCUUCAACUUUAUCGCCUCUGCCCUGGGAUCCGGCAUCCUGUUUUCGUACCCGGAGCUCGCAACGAUAGCUGGUGUUCAGGGCGUCGUAGUCUACGCAUUGGCUUCGGCGCUUCCCUUGCUUGUGUUCGCCGCCCUCGGCCCCAUGAUUCGCCGCAAGUGUCCCGAUGGAUUUGUCUUGACGGAGUGGACGCGCAACCGGUACGGUACGGUUGCUAUGCUGUACCUGAGCUUCAUGACGCUCGUCACCUUGUUCCUCUACAUGGUAGCAGAGCUGUCGGCCGUUGGACAGGUUGUCAACGCUCUGACAGGCCUUGACGGGCUUCCGGUGAUUAUCGUCGAGUGUGCGGUCACCACGAUCUAUACCUCUCUGGGCGGUUUCAGAAUCUCGUUCUUGACGGACGUGAUUCAGGGAGCCAUGGUGGUUGGGCUCAUCAUCAUUGCCACCAUCACGAUUGGUGUCAAGGCGGAGAUUGACCGCGACCUCAUCGACUCGUCGGGGCUCACCAAGGCCAGCCUUGUGGGGUGGCAGCUGGUGUACAUUCUCCCAGUGGCCGUGCUGACCAACGACUUCUUCCUAUCCAACUUUUGGCUGCGCACCUUUUCGUCCAAGACGGACAAGGACCUGUGGGUGGGUGUUUCCAUUGCGACGGUGGCCGUCCUGUGCAUCCUCACCCUGGUCGGUGCCACGGGCCUCAUCGCUGCCUGGACCGGCGCCUGGCCGGGAGAGUCGGACAUUGACGGGUCCCUUGCCUUCUUUGCCCUGCUGGAGCAGCUGCCGAGCUGGGUCGUGGGCAUCGUGCUGGUCAUGGUCGUCAGCCUGAGCGUUUCUGCCUUUGACAGCUUGCAGUCGGCCAUGAUCUCCUCCGCGUCCAACGACCUGUUCCGCAACCGCCUCAAUAUCUGGAUCAUCCGGGUGAUUGUUGUCCUGGUCAUCAUCCCUACAGUGGUGAUUGCUCUCAAGGCGCCGUCCAUCCUGCAAAUCUUCCUCAUCAGCGACCUCGCGUCGGCGGCCACGAUUCCCGCGCUGUGUCUCGGGCUGUUUGACACCUUCUACUGGUGGCGCGGAUUCGAGGUUGUCGUGGGAGGGCUGGGGGGCAUCCUGACCGUCUUCAUCUACGGUGCCAUCUACUACGGCGACGCAAAGAGCGGUGGCGAGCUCAUCUUGCUCGAGCAGGGCCUGUACGCGGGCGACUGGGGCGCCUUUGGGGCCUUUGUGGCUGCGCCGGUUGGGGGCAUCAUCUGGGGCUUCAUUGCCCUGGCGCUCAGGCUCUCUGUGCAGUUCACUCUGGCCAAGAUGCGAGGCGAGCGAUUCGACGCUCUCGAUCGCCCAUUGGCGGAGGCUGGAGAGGAGGAUGACGCUCAGCUUGUGACUGAGAUUUCCACUUCGGUCCCCGGCAAGUUCUUCUGA